AAAUAAGUAUAUAGGACAUCAAAAGACAAACCAGCAGGAAAUAAAAUAGAAAAUAAUAAGAGAAAAGGAAACAGGGGAGACAAUGAGCCGUUGCAAAGGGACGAGGAGUAAAAUGUCCGCCAUGGAGGUGGACCCGCAGGAGGAGGAGGUUGAGGUGCCGUCCUCGAGCACCUCCAAGCACGACAAGAAGAGGUUCGAGGUCAAGAAGUGGAAUGCCGUAGCUCUGUGGGCCUGGGACAUUGUGGUGGACAACUGCGCUAUCUGCCGCAACCACAUCAUGGACCUGUGCAUUGAGUGCCAGGCCAACCAGGCGUCCGUCACCUCUGAGGAGUGCACCGUGGCCUGGGGCGUGUGCAAUCACGCCUUCCACUUCCACUGCAUCUCCCGCUGGCUCAAGACCCGACAGGUGUGCCCCCUCGACAACAGGGAGUGGGAGUUCCAGAAGUAUGGACACUAGAAGAGAGGCAUCAUCAACAUUUCUCCGCACCUCCACUCUCUCUCCAUCCUUCGUCUUUUUCUUCCUCCACCGCCUCUAUUUAUUAUGCUGAAGAGGAGCUAGUGUUUGCUUAUAUCUAUCUAUCUUUUUUUUUUUUUUUUUUUUUUUUUUU